CUUCUCGGCACGCGAAGACAGACAAGAAGUCGGCACGAACGGGGUUGAGACGAUGCGCUUUCAUGGAGUAUCGAUCUCCCACCUGAUCAACGCGCAACUCCAUUCCAGUGUUGGUCGGACUGGCUGUCCUCCUUACCGCUGUCAUGUCCACCGCACCAUCUGUCAUCAUGCCCGGAGGCCGAAUCUAUGCAUUCCUAGGGCGACCCCUACCUCCAGAGUCCCGCAUAGAACUGCCAAAUUUGAAUCUGUUGUGAAACUGAAAGACUUGCCUCAAGGGGCGUUGAAAUUGGAACCUUAUGAUGAUGGCGCCAAUGAUGGCCCUCAAUACCCUGUCGUUUUGCAGGGGCAUCGGAACAACAUGCAAAGGUUUAGGAAUUGUGUGGUGCUGACCCGUGUUGGCGGAUUCUACGAGCUGUAUUUCGAACAAGCCGAAGAGUUGGCUCCCUUGCUGAACCUUAAACUGGCUAUAAGAAGGACAAGCGCUGGGCCCGUAUACAUGGCUGGCUUCCCUUCCUUCCAACUGGACCGGUUCCUCAAGAUACUUGUUCAGGACUUAAGCAAGUAUGUGGCCAUUAGUGAGGAGUUCGCCAACGAUGCCGAGGGCAAGCUUCGCACCGGGGGGCUCCAAUUCGAUCGAAAGGUCGCGAGGAUCAUCACACCUGGUACCUUGAUUGAUGAGAAGUUCAUGGAUCCUUCCGAGAAUAACUUCCUGCUGGCAAUCUAUAUAGAUGGCAGCUCGGUGAAAGAGCAGGUAGAGCAGGACGAUGGGGCUACGAAGCAACACGUUCUGCCAUCCACGUCUCAGAAUGUAGGCUUGUCCUGGCUGGAUCUCUCCACCGGCGACUUUUUCACUCAGGUCAGCACGGCGCAGAUGCUGCCGUCGGCUAUUGCCCGGAUCGGCGCUCGUGAGAUCCUGGUGGAUCAAGCACUAGGAGACGGGGUCAGGCAAGAGCUGCAGCUGCUGACCGGGCACGACCACCGGUUGAUGACAUUUUUCCCAUUCCCCUCGAAGAUCGAGCCCAUGACGAAGUGGGGACCUGUGCUUGAAGCACCCAUAUCUGCCAAAGCCGCGGCGUCCUUCACCUCGGAGGAAGUAGCUGCUGGCUUCAGCCUUCUUGAAUACAUCCGGGUGCAGCUACAAGGGUUGAAUAUGAAGCUUCAGCCUCCGCGGCGUCGAGAUCUGGACGAAUCCAUGAGCAUUGACCGGAACAGCCUGAGGGGCUUGGAAAUACUAGAGACAGCCCGGGAUGGCUUUGGUAAAGGAAGUCUGCUUCAUGCGGUGAGCAGGACUUCGACCAAAAGCGGUGCCCGGUUGCUACGUGAUCGCCUAACAUCACCUUCGACGUCUAUGACGGUGAUUAACGAACGAUUGGACCUUGUGUGUACAUUCAUCGACGACGCAGAAUUACACCGCAAUGUCAUCGAUUACCUGAAGCGGAGCUAUGACGCGCAGCGGCUGGUUCAGAAAUUCACUCUGGGGCGAGGAGAUGCAGAUGACCUGAUAUGUCUAUCUCGAGCCAUUGAAGCUUCGAAGGAGAUCAGGCGGGUGUUGAUGAGCAAAAAGCGCAAAUGCAAGGAUACGCCAGCAGCUCGGAGCCUCAAAUCCAUGACGGAUCGCCUGUAUAUGAACGGCCCUAUCAUCCUGGCUGAGAAGAUCUUGGCAGCGAUUGAUGAAGAGGGAUUGCUACAGAAACAACGCAUCGAGGAUGACACGGCUGCUGAAGCAGCAAUGCUCGCACAGGAGGUAGCCUUCAGUGAAGCCCUACCGGGCGAAAUAGAGACACUGCCGAAGAAGGUCAGGACGAAGAGCGGCGAACGAGGUGGCAGCGGGGCAACCGAUGAAGCGUCGGCCCUCGAGACCUGGAUCAUGCGGCGCGAUGCCAGCCUGGCUCUCCAUGACCUCCACGAGGAAUUGGACCGACUGCACAACGAGAAAGCGGAACUCACCCAGCGCCUUCGCGACGCUGUGGGGUCGACAGCCCUCUCCCUCAAAUGGACACCGGGUCUAGGCCACAUCUGUCACGUCAAAGCUGCUAAGAUCUCCCAAGAGUCAUUAGAAGAAUUGGGGGUGACACGGAAUGUCUCAAUGACCAAGUCUACCCGGUCCUUCUACCUGCCGGCGUGGACCGAGCUGGGCGGCCAGAUGGACCAAGUCAAGCUCCAGAUUCGGCAGGAAGAACAGGCGAUCUUCGAGACGCUGCGCCGCGAGGUCAUCCUCAAUCUUGUGAAGAUCCGCCGUAACGCAGCCGUGAUGGACGAGCUGGACGUGGCAUGCUCCUUUGCCACCCUGGCCCACGAACAGAGGCUGGUCCGUCCGAUCCUCGUCGAGGGCACAUGCCACAAGAUUGUAGGCGGUCGACAUCCCACGGUCAAGCUGGGUCUGGAGGAGCAGGGCCGGCGGUUCGUCAGCAACGAUUGCUUCCUGGGCGACCCGGACCGCAUCUGGCUGGUCACCGGGCCCAACAUGGCCGGCAAGAGCACCUUUCUCCGACAGAACGCCCUGGUCACGAUCCUGGCGCAAGUGGGGUCCUUGGUUCCGGCCGACUACGCGGAGAUGGGCAUUGUCGACAAGAUCUUCAGCCGCAUUGGCGCGGCCGACGACUUGUUCCGCGAUCAGUCGACUUUCAUGGUGGAGAUGCUGGAGACGGCGGCCAUCUUGAAGCAGGCGACUCCGCGCUCCUUCGUCAUCAUGGAUGAGGUAGGCCGGGGCACGACCCCGGAGGACGGGACAGCCGUGAGCUUUGCGUGUCUGCACCACCUGCACUAUCACAACCGCUGCCGUACGCUCUUCGCAACCCACUUCCACGCGCUGGCAGACAUGACCCAGGACUUCGAGUCGCUGGGCCGGUAUUGCACCGAUGUCAAGGAGACGGUCAGCGGCGGGUUCUCAUUUGUGCACCGGUUGCGCAAGGGCGUGAACCGUGAAUCGCACGCACUGAAAGUCGCCCAGCUAGCUGGACUGCCCUCGGAGACCAUUGAAUUGGCGCGACGUGUGCGUCAACAAGGACUAGCCACUAAUCCCGACCAGUGCAGCCCGACAUCAGCCCCAGCAUAAAACACACCCAUCGCGGCAAGCAUCCAAUCCCUCUCCCCAUUCAGCACAGCGCACAACUUAGCAAAUAUGUACAGUACAUUAUAUUCCCCCCCACCUACCCACAGCCCCUUUC